CUAGCCCAGCACCCAUCCUGUUCCCGCCUGCCCGUUGCCACGCACACUUGUGCACUCUUCUUCCUCUCAACACAGCGUGCUUCUCAUAGCCAGGAGAUGGAUAAGGGGCAGAAUGAGCUCUCUGAGCUGGGCGCCCCCGCCGGCUCUGCCCCCACGGUGACCACAGCCACUGUGAUCAAGAUGCCCAGCGAAGUCUCCACGCCCGACCAUGUGGUCUGGUCCUUCUUCAACACGCUCUUCAUGAACACCUGCUGCCUGGGCUUCAUCGCCUACAUCUACUCUGUGAAGUCUAGAGACAGGAAGAUGGUGGGCGAUAUAGUGGGGGCCCAGGCCUACGCCUCUACUGCCAGAAUCCUGAACGUCUGUGCCCUCAUCAUCAACAUCCUCGCCGCGCUCAUCCUCAUCAUUACGCUGGCCGUUAACGCUGCAGCAGUCCUGAGAGGAAUGGGCGUCUAGUCCACCCCCGCCCUUUCCUCUCCUUGGCCGGCCCCUCACCUAGCCCCCCAUCUGCCAACCCACCACGGCCCACUGCCAUGUCCUCUUGCACCCCACCUGCGGGGGAGGGCGGUGUUUCAAUAAAGCACACGUUUCUGA